AUGGCCCUCUCACCUCGAGCCGCCCUCUUCGACCGGGGUCCAAGACUCCUGAGAGACAUUUGGCCGCUCACUGGUAUUGCCAUUUUCACCGUCGGCUUGAGGGUGACUGCAAAAAUAAGGAUCAGGAAAUUUGGCUGGGAUGACAUUCUCAUGGUUUCGGCUUUGUGUCUUACUAUAAUCGGAUCAGCUCUGAUUACGGUGUGCGUCAAACAUGGGUUUGGCCGCCAUGUUUGGGACCUUGACUCAAAAACGGUUCCCAAAGUGAUCAUGUUCGACUAUUUGACACAGACAUUCGGCGUUUCUGGCGGUACUUUGGGUCGCAUUUCCUUCAUUCUCUUUGUCAUUGAGCUACUGGGCACCAGAAGAUCACACAGAGUGAUACUGUGGAUUAUAGUUGGGUUACAGAUCUUGACUAACGCGACAUUGAUCAUCAUUCUAUUUGUCCAGUGUCCAGGACAUGGUUCUGCUAUCUGGACUCAGCAAGGAGAUAAAUGCUGGGAUGUUCGCAUUCAAGCAUACUACGGGUACUAUCAGGGCUCAUUUAAUUCGGCCACAGACCUUUAUCUGGCAAUUUUCUCAACAUACGUAUUCUGGAGUCUGAAUCUGAAAUUAAGGGUCAAGUUGGGCUUGGUCACACUCCUUGGAUUGGGCAUUUUUGCAAUGGCAGCCUCCGUUAUGAAAGCAGUGCAAACCCGAGUCCUCGCAUACGCACACGAUGAUCCAACUGUAGCAACCGUCGACUAUGAUCGCUGGCUAUACAUCGAAGCCUACGUAGUCAUUAUAACGGCAUCGAUACCUUGCAUCAGAUCCCUAAUAGGAUCAGUUCGAGGAGGGACGACUGGAACUGGACGGAGCGCAUACGAGUUGAGUUCGUCAUAUGCUGGAAACUCUAUGCCCACGCCUAGACCUCGGAGGUUGGCACAAAAGUCGAUGAUACGUAUCCCUGGCAAUUCUAGCGCCGAUAAUAUGCUGGAGAAUAAUAAUGAGGUUGAUGGAGUGUACAAGAUGAGAGACUCGAAUAAUUCGGCACAUGUCAAUGUAUAA